UUCUGACUGGGGAUAUUUGCCGGAAGUCACCGCUCUCCACACUGUCAGUUGCCCCAUAGAAAUUAGACAGGGUUAUCUCCCCUCUCCAAGACAAAGCGACCGACAAGUGGCUAGCGGCGAUUUACAGCUACAGACACAGCAGGCGAAUGGUCAACUGGUCGGAUUCCAGCGUCAUCUCGAAAUGCAGCACUAUUGUAGAGCACACUAAUUUUUUAUGUCUUGGUAUGUACAUGUGGGAGUACGCAGGAUCAUGGCAAGUUGAACUUGCUUUGAUUGGCAAACGCAUACCACCUAGAUGGCCUCUACUACCGUACAUCACCGGUCGUAUUCUUCUUCUGUCGUCCAUGGCUUUGAUUUGCUGGCUCAGCAGCCCGGUCCCUCCUAGUGUGGAUUGCCAUAGCGCUUUUUUGGCCUUUUCUUUUGCAGGAAAUGCAUCCAUUGGUUGUUCUUCCUUGAACUUAAUGUUACGACCAUUUAUAAUCUGGAGAGCAUUCAGAUGUAUCCGUAUAUUUCUGGUCUUAGCCACGGUUGGCCACUGGAUCAUCCUGUUACGGGUAAUGGUUGCCUUCUCCGUCAUGAAAGUGAAUGGCAGUUGUGGCUUCAUGGUCGUUGACCAUACUGAUAUGACCACUAUAUUUGUCUACACGAUGGCUUAUGAUAUACUGGCGCUUGUCUUGACUAUAAUCGGCCUUCGAAAUAUGCCAUCGUCUAAUGAAUUGUGGAAAGUAUUGUGCAAACAGGGGUUAACAUAUGUCCUGAUCACCUGCUUGGCAAAUAUCAUACCAGCCGCUGUGGCUUCGUUGAAUCUGAAUACUGUCAUGAACGUUAUAUUUGCGAUGCCGGCAUCUGCUAUUAGCACUGUCGCAUCGGGUCGAAUAGUUGUUGCCUUCCUAGACCUAAAGUCAAGCUCCUGCGCAGAAGACAUAAGUAGUCGAGAUGUGCCACUUACCACCGUGGUGACACUACCCAUUGGAUCCUCUAUGGAUGCCCCAAACCUCGUAUGAUACUUGGGACCGGAUCGAUCCGUCAGUUUCUGAUGGAAAACUCGGGGAAGCGGUUCAUUGACGUAUAGUACGGCCGCCUUCGCAUAGCCGGCUACAGGUUUGGGGUAGAAAAGAAGGCAUCAGUAGUACGACAUUGUCAAGAUAGCGAACUCGCAAAUGAAUCUUUUUACUUGUUUGGAGACGCGGCGGCCUUCUCACGAACUACUGACAU